UGGUGGACAUAAAAUAAAAUAAAACAAAACGGAGAAAGCAGGGGAGCGCAUCAGUUACCAACCACAUGCAACAGCACAUCAAUGUCUGCUUCUUCUUCUUCUUCUUUAUUUAAUCUCUCUUUGAUUCGCUUCAGAUCUCUCUCUUCUUCCCGGUUUCUCCGUCUUCCUCCUUCACCGCUCCGAUCCGUUUCGGCUCAAUUAUCACCGAGAAAGUUUCGAGCUUUCUCCGGUGGUGCCGCAAUGACGACAGAUGCUAAAGAUGCUGGAAUGGAUGCUGUCCAGAGACGCCUCAUGUUCGAGGACGAAUGCAUUCUUGUUGACGAAACUGAUCGUGUUGUGGGUCAUGACAGCAAGUAUAAUUGUCAUCUGAUGGAAAACAUUGAAGCUAAGAAUUUGCUUCACAGGGCUUUUAGUGUAUUUUUAUUCAACUCGAACUAUGAGUUGCUUCUCCAGCAAAGGUCAAAAGCAAAGGUGACAUUCCCUCUAGUGUGGACAAACACUUGUUGCAGCCAUCCUCUUUACCGUGAUUCAGAGCUUAUCGAGGAAAAUGCACUCGGUGUGAGGAAUGCUGCACAGAGAAAGCUUCUCGACGAGCUCGGUAUUGUAGCUGAAGACGUACCAGUCGAUGAGUUCACUCCCUUGGGACGUAUGCUUUACAAGGCUCCUUCUGAUGGCAAAUGGGGAGAGCACGAACUGGACUACUUGCUGUUCAUCGUGAGGGAUGUUAAGGUUGAGCCAAACCCGGACGAAGUAGCGGAGAUAAAGUAUGUGAGCAGGGAAGGGCUGAAGGAGCUGGUAAGGAAAGCUGAUGCCGGGGAGGAAGGUUUGAAGCUGUCGCCGUGGUUCAGACUGGUGGUGGACAAUUUCUUGAUGAAGUGGUGGGAUCAUGUUGAGAAAGGAACUCUCGGUGAAGCUGUAGACAUGAAGACCAUCCACAAACUCUGAAAUCUUCCUUAAGUUUUUGGGAGAAUCUUUCUGUUCUUGAUUAAUAAUUGGGAGAUGUGAGACCUUUUAGAUGUUUCAAGAAAAACCAUUCAAUAAAGUUUCAUUUUUAUUUUUGAAA